AUGCAAGCUCUCAAGGAAUCAAAUCCUGGAACUGUUGUUGAGUGGAGGUUGUUAGAGAGUAUGGUUCCUGGAACACAUCUUUUCCAACGAGUUUUUUGGGCAUUCAAGCCAUGUAUUGAUGGAUUCCGUCAUUGCAGGCCCCUUAUCACCAUUGAUGGAACUCAUUUAUAUGGCAAAUACAAAGGGACUUUACUUAUUGCUAUGGGAACCGAUGCUAAUUUUCAACUAUUCCCCCUCGCUUUUGCGGGUGUUGAAGGAGAAAACAAUGAAAGCUGGUCUUGGUUCAUGGCUUGUAUUCGAGCUCGAGUAACAGAUAGGAAAGGGCUAUGUGUGAUAUCUGAUAGACAUGCUAGUAUUUUAGCAGCAAUGGAAGAGGUUGGAAGUGGUUGGGAGGAGCCCAAUGCCUACCACAAGUAUUGCACACGACACUUGGCUUCUAAUGUGAACUCAAAAUUUAAAAGUGUCGUUAUAAAGAACGUCUUUGGCAAAGCAGCUAUUGCAAGGCAGAAGAAGAAGUUUGAUUACUACAUCAACAAAAUUGGUGAUUUGAAUGUAGGGGCCCGUAGGUACUUGAUGGAAAUUCCUUAUAGUAAGUGGUCUAUUCAUCAUGAUGGUGGUUUCAGGUUUGGUGUGAAGACUACAAACAUGUCGGAAGUUUUCAAUGGAGUCUUAAAAGGGGCUCGUUGUCUCCCGAUAACUGCUUUAGUGCAAAUGAACUUUUUCCGUGUUAACUCCUAUUUUGCAACUAGACAAAGUUGGAGUAAAAAAAGACUUAAAGAGGGCCAUGAGUACUCAGAAAAGGCUAUGAAGACAAUAGAAGCCAACAUGGAGAAAGCCAUGCACCAUGAGGUUAUUUCUUUUGACUCCGAUGCCAUAGGGUUAUAUCAGGUUAGGACUGGCCGUGGAAGGAGAAAAUCUGGUAAAGGUGGUAACUCCCACACUGUGAAUCUGAUGAGCAAGACAUGUACUUGUGAGAAAUUGAAAAUAUACAAGUUGCCAUGCUCUCAUAUCCUAGCAGUUUGUCGUCAUCGAAGCCUAUCACACUCAGACUUUGUGGAUUCUUUUUUUAGGAUCGCCGAAUAUAGACUUUCAUACUUGAAGUGUUUUGCACCAAUUCUAGAUCCUUGCCACUAG